GCUACAUAAAAUCGCCACUACCACCGCACCAACUACGCCGAGCACCACCGUUUUCACACCCUCUAAGCUUUUUCCUGCUGAUUAUAUAUUUCUCUCUAGCUUUUGCAUGGCAGUGAGCUUUUUGGCGAACGUGGUAUCAGACCUCUGUCUCGGCAAACCAGCCCUGAGGUCCUUGCCCAUCUCUGCCACCGUCGCUGACGCUUUGGCGGCCUUGAAAAAUACCGACGACAACUUCAUCAGCGUAUGGGACUGCGUCGACCACUCGGCCAAGGUUGAGUUUGGUGACGACAACGUCGGCGUUGGCCGCGAGUGCCGUUGCGUUGGCAAGGUGUGCAUGGUGGAUGUGAUAUGCUAUCUUUGCAGGGAUGAGAAUCUGUUGUCCCCUUCUGCUGCUCUGAAGGCGCCUGUUUCUGCAAUCUUGCCAAAGAUUCCUGGACUCGUGAGGCAUCUGGAGCCAUCUUCGAGAUUGUGGGAAGCCAUCGAUCUAAUUCUGCAAGGAGCCCAGAACCUCGUGGUGCCGAUACAAACCGAACUAAGCAGCUAUUCAAGAAGAAAACAGCUCCAAAAACCCUCGACCACCGGCCCUACUACCAUCCACAACGGCCGCGAAUUCUGCUGGUUGACUCAAGAGGACGUGAUCCGGUUCCUUCUCGGCUCCAUCGGUCUCUUCUCCCCGCUCCCGGCGCUCUCUGUUGACACUCUUGGCAUUAUCACCACCGACAUCUUAGCCAUUGACUAUUACUCCCCUGCCUCUUCGGCAAUUGGAGCUAUAUCCCGCUCUCUCUCUGAGCAAACUUCCGUGGCUGUAGUUGAUGGUGACGGAGGUUUGAUCGGAGAGAUCUCACCCUUCACCCUCGCCUGCUGCGACGAAACCGUCGCAGCAGCCAUCACCACUCUAUCCUCCGGAGACCUCAUGGCCUACAUUGAUUGUGGAGGACCCCCGGAGGAUCUAGUCAGGGUGGUGAAGGCGAGGUUAAAGGAAAAGAAUUUGGAAGGCAUGCUGGAGGAAUUCAACAUUCUAACAGCUUCCGGAACAUCGUCGUCAUCAUCUUCAUCGGACGAGGAGUCUUUGUUAUCUACUUCAAGAUCAGGAAGGUAUAGCAGGUCUAUGAGUUACUCGGCGCGGAUGGUGAGGAGAGCGGAGGCAAUAGUUUGUCACCCCAAGAGCUCUUUGGUGGCAGUGAUGAUCCAGGCAAUUGCUCAUCGUGUGAAUUAUGUUUGGGUUGUCGAGGAUGAUUGCAGCUUGGUUGGGAUAGUGACAUUCUGUAACAUGUUAAAAAUUUUCCGGGAACAUUUGGAGACGAUGGGAUGGAAAGGUUAACUAGGAGCAAUCGGGAGUAAAGUUUUGGUUAAUCAUGAAGGUGGGCCAGUUGAGAUAAGGGGAGGAUAAAGGUUAGGGAAAAAGUGCUGUGAAUAGCAGACGUUUUUGUGUUUAAAUUUUGAUAUUGGGUUGUGAAGUUGGGUCUUAGUUUGUAAGAUUCGUCAUGUGUCUUCUUCUGAUCCUCCAUUUCCACAUUUUCAAUCUUGCUUCUUUGUAGGGUUUUUUGUUAUUUUAAGACAGAAAAUCAGACAUAAGCAGAUUUGAUUUUUUGUCUUCUUGUUCUUGUUUGGAAGUGUGUUUCCUUAAUUAGCUCAUGAUUCUGUUUG